GAAGCCGGUGGAAAAGAAGAAGAAAUAUUGGGUGAUGGUUUCGAAACUGCAGAAAAGAAAACAAAGCUGAACCGUGUCGUGUCCUUCCUCUGAACACUGAGACCACUUCAUGACCUGCUGCAGACAUGCUGACCUGUGAUAUCUGCGGUGAGCAGCUCCUUCUGGAGGACGACCUGAAGACUCACCUCCUGCUGAGCCACGAGGAGAACGACAUGCGCUGCCCGCUGUGCUCGCUGAGCGGGGUGUCGUACGACGAGCUCCGCUUCCACGUUAGCUCCGCCCACCCAGAGGGGAAGAAUCCAGCUGACCAGUCCACAUCCAAACACCCGGGAGGAACACACACAUCGGCGUCAGAGGUCUCAUUAUCUGAGUCCUGCAGGUCCGGAGAGACUGCCUCCAUCACUUCAACACCACAGAGACCUAAAACCAGACCGGAGUCUUCCUCACACAGAAAAGCCAAACAGAAGCGUCUCUCUUCAACCAGAAAAGAUGAUCAGCUGCAGUGCCCGCUGUGUCCUCUGCUCUGCAGUACCGGCGUCGUCCUGCAGGAGCACGUGGAGCUGCACCUGAUGGAGCAGAGGUCACCUGGAGGAAAGUUUGAGUGCCCGCUGUGCUCCGCGCUCUGCAGCGACAGCGUCUCCCUGCAGGAACACGUCGAGCUGCACUUAGACCAGGGGGCAGCGUCGGGCUCUGCAGGGAGCGCCGACUCUGACCUGAAACUGGCCCGCCGGCUGCAGGACGAGGAGGAGCAGACGAGGAGGCAGCAGGAGGACUGGCAGGAGAAAGAGGAGUUCAAGAAGCUGCAGAGGCAGUUCGGUGUGGAUGGCAGUGGGGGUUACAGCAGACAGGUGGAGAGGACGAUGGAGCGAGCGGUGGCCCGGGGUCUCAUGGCCCCGGCAGAGUUCCACAGUAAGAAGGCGGAGCUUAUGGAGUCUUUGGCCUCAGGGGCGGACGACAGCAGGACCAGGACCCAGGGUGUAAUCAAAGCGCUGUAUGAACACUACCAGACGGACUGCAGGGACUGUGUCCACGUGUGGCUGAGCGCCGACACCGAUCACUUCUGCUCCUCGGCGGGCGAUAAAGGCUGGGGGUGUGGCUACAGGAACCUCCAGAUGAUGCUCUCCUCUGUGCACCGAAUGGACGCCUACGCUCCCACCCUGCAAGACAGGACGAUACCCAGCAUCCCUCGGGUGCAGAGGAUGAUCGAGGAGGCGUGGAGGGAAGGCCUGGACGCUCAGGGCGCGUCCCACUUUGACCAGCGUCUGCAGGGGACCCGGGCGUGGAUCGGAGCCACGGAGAUCUACAGCCUCCUCACCUCUCUGAGAAUCAAAGCCCGGAUCGUGGAUUUUCACCGGCACACCGGCCCUGCUGACACACAUCCCCGCCUGUUUGAGUGGGUGAAGCAGUACUUCAGUCAGACAGGCAGUAACAGACUGCCCCCCCGACUGGUCCAGACCUCCUUGCCCCCACUUUACCUGCAGCACCAAGGUCACAGCCGCUCCAUCGUGGGUUUGGAGCAGAAGAAGAACGGGUCUCUGUGCCUCCUCAUUCUGGAUCCGGGCUCCUCCGUGUCAGAAACCAGGAAGCUGCUGAGCAGAGAGUCCGUAGGCUCCGCCCUCCGACACGUCAGGAAGUCCAUCAGCAGCCUGAAGCACAGACAGUACCAGGUGGUGGCGCUGCAGGGCGUCCUGUCUGCAGAGGAGAAACAGAUCAGCAUCUUAAAGUCCAGGACGCUGUGUGCAGAGAGAAUCCCAUGAAGAAGAAUCUCUUUGUUUUUUACUGUGAACACAUUUUAAAUAUUUAAUGUAAUACAAUUUAUACUGUAUUUUAAUUUUUUUAAUAAACUCUGUUCUCUUCAUGCUGUGUUAUUACAUAACUUGUGAUUUU